CAAACAGUAGAUGGCGAUAUAAGACCAAACUCCUUAAAUUAGCAUCACAGAACAACAACAUCAGUCUUAGCGACGUUAGCUCCAAAGGAAGCUUGUGUCUAUUGUAUAUUUCUCGUAAUUUGGGCCACAUUAACAGGUACGCUGGAAUUUUCUGAUACCCACUCGGACAUGUCCUAUGUCUUCAUCAACGACUCGUCGCAGACCAGCGUGCCUCUGCUGCAGUCCUGCAUUGAUGGAGACCUGCCCUUUGCCAAGAGGCUGCUGGAGACAGGAUGCGACCCCAACAUCCGGGACAACCGCGGACGCACGGGCCUCCACCUAGCUGCCGCUCGUGGAAAUGUGGACAUAUGUCGCCUCUUACACAAGUUUGGGGCCGAUCUAUUGGCAACGGAUUAUCAAGGGAAUACAGCACUGCACCUGUGUGGUCAUGUGGAUACUAUACAGUUUCUGGUUUCCAACGGGUUAAAGAUUGAUAUCUGUAACCACAAUGGGUCCACUCCGCUGGUUCUGGCAAAAAGACGCGGCGUCAACAAGGACGCUAUUCGUCUUCUGGAGGGACUGGAGGAGCAGGAAGUGAAGGGUUUCAACAGGGGAGCCCACUCCAAACUGGAGACCAUGCAGAUGGCUGAUAGUGAGAGUGCAAUGGAAAGCCACUCCUUACUCAACCCCAAUCUGCAGAGCAGUGAGGGAGUCCUGUCCAGCUUCCGGACGACCUGGCAGGAGUUUGUGGAGGACCUGGGCUUCUGGAGGGUCCUGCUGCUGCUGGUGGUCAUUGCCCUUCUGUCCCUUGGCAUCGCCUACUAUGUCAGCGGGGUCCUGCCUUUUUCCACCAGCCAGCUGGAGCUGGUGCACUGAAAGGGGGAGGGAAGUUUUACUAUAGGGGGGGGGGGGAU